AUGGAAGAUGAACCAGACACUGGCGCGUCUUCUCGGGAUGAGAGGAAGGCUAAAGAGAAGGCGAAAAUACUGCAACGGGAAAUCCAGCGGAAGACUUUCAAACUGGUCAGAGAGGAGAGACAUUGGAGAUUUGUUUAGUCCACUGUUUACAAGCUAGCUAGAUGUUAUGCUAGCCGGCUAGCAAGCAACACCGGUGGCUUGCAAAAAUAACAACAGUUCUUGCAAUGCAUUGUAACGUUUAACAAUGUUGAGAGCUUUGGAUAAAACUGGGACAGUGUUCGUACCGAGUGACAUUGUCAAGAGUAGAUAUUGCCCAUUUCAUGUAUUCAAAAGUUAGUAGCUAUUGUCUUCCUUUGCGUCAUUCUCAAUGUAAAAUAAGCAGCUGACAAUGACUACCGAAAUGUUCAGGGCCCAUAUAAAGCUUCACCAAGUAGGAGUGUUGAUUUAGGAUCCGUUUUCCCUAUUAGAUCACACGGACAGGUUGGGACCUGAUCCUAGAUCAGCACUCCUACUCUGGGAUGCUUGAUACACUUUUUAACAUCUAAUUAUCUAUCAUCCCCUCUGCUCCAGGUAGCUAAGAUCCUGAAGAAGCAGGAGAGUGAGCGGACACAGGAGGAGUCUGCGGAUCUACUUCUGCACCAGGACACGGUACAGGAACUGUGCUCGCGGCAGGUCCGCAGGAACGUUCUAAAGAGGAAGCAAGAAGAGGUCUGGUUAUUGACGUGUCUUUAUAACUGCCCAAUAACAUAGCCUGGUCCAACAGAUCUGUUGGACCAGGCUAUCUUCCCAACUGCUUGUCACGCCAAACAUGGCAUGACAAUUCCAUAAGAAGUUGGCACGAGGGCAGAAACAGACUGGCACCCAGGCUACCAAUAACAUGGUCUAAGUGGCGCUCUCUCUCUCUCCUUGUCUUUACUGACCUGAAACACCAGGCUAGGAGAGAUGCAAUGUGGAGGAUGACUAUUAGCAUGGAAUUUGCUUUAUGUCUCUCUCUGUCUUUGUGCUGUUGUAGGUAUCUGAUGAAACAGAGGACCUGAGGUGUAAAGUGGGACAGUUGGCUGAGGCAGUCAGACAGGCUCAACACCUGGUGAUCUACACUGGGGCCGGGAUCAGCACGGUAAAUACUGGGGCUCCGUAUUUCACACCAUGGCUGUGUUCCACUAGUCUAAGUGCCAGUUUAUUUAUGCUAUCAUGUCAACUCAUUGUCAUACCAAACAGCAAUGGAGUUGGCAAGAGCACAAACAGAUCUGGGGUGUAUUUCACAGGAACCAAAUGGCUGAAACAGGGGAGGGACUAACCUGAACUUGUCCAAAACGAAACUCUUUUUUUCUACGGUGUGCACUCAUGUAGCCUUUUUCAAACCUCUCCUUGGGGACCCCCAGACUUUCCAUGUAUUUGAACUAUUCCAGAGGUAGCACACCUUAUUCGACUUUCAGGAGCUAUUAGGUUUAAGUGCCUUGCUCAAGGGCACAUCGACAGAUUUUCACCUAGUUGGCUCGGAGCUUCGAACCAGCGACCUUCUGGUUACUGGCCCAAUUGGCUAGGCUACCUGCCACCCAUCAUGACAAGGGGGACAUGUUUCUGUGUCAUGUAUUGCAGGCAGCGUCCAUCCCAGACUACAGGGGACCAAAUGGGGUUUGGACACAGCUACAGAAGGGCAGAGCUGUCAGGUGAGACAGGCUGGAGUACACAAGAUGGCAACUUCAUCAAACUGCAUGUAAUUAAGUCAACAAGAUGGCAACUUCAUCAAACUGCAUGUAAUUAAGUCAACAAGAUGGCAACUUCAUCAAACUGCAUGUAAUUAAGUCAACAAGAUGGCAACUUCAUCAUACUGCAUGUAAUUAAGUCAUUUCUCUCUCUCCCUCUCUAGCUCGUCAGACCUGAGUGAAGCAGAACCUACUCUUACACACAUGUGUAUCAGGACGCUGCAUGAGGAGAACAUGGUCAGUCAGCUAGUUGUGUGUGUCGUCAGGGACCUUGUGCUUUUAGCUUCCUCAGACAUUGGAAAGGUUUUCGAGGUGUCUGUAUGACCAUUUCCAAUGUGUGUGUUGGCAUUGGUGUGGGUGGGUGUAGGUGCAGCAUGUAGUGUCUCAGAACUGUGAUGGGCUCCACCUGCGUAGCGGCCUUUCCAGACACACCCUCUCUGAGCUGCACGGCAACAUGUUCAUCGAGGCAGGUCACACACAGACAUCAGGCACACACACUACAUACAGUAUAUACUACACCAAUAGAUGCCACCUAAAGAACUCGCUGGAUUAUAAUACUGACAUCAUUUCUUAUUUUGCAGGUGUGUACUUCCUGUUCCCCGGUGAGGGAGUUUGUGCGACUCUUUGACGUGACGGAGCGCACGGCGAGGCACAGGCACGGGACGGGGCGGCGGUGUGCCCACUGCGGGGGAGAGCUCAGGGACACCAUCGUACAUUUCGGGGAGAGGGGCACCCUGGAGCAGCCUCUCAACUGGAGGGGGGCAUCGGAGGCUGCUGAGAGGGCUGAUGUUAUCCUCUGUCUGGGCUCCAGUCUGAAGGUAAGGACAGGACAACAACAUGCACUAACACACAGCAUCAAUAAAGUCUGAAGGGAUGGUCUGUCUAAUCAGGAUGAAUAGACUAAAACAGAGUGCUGCUAACCUCACAGGACAAUGAAAUGACAUUGAAUGCGAAAUGACAUUGAAUGUGCAUAAAAUGGGAGUUCCGUGAAUGUUGAAAAUAAUUGAGUGGCUUUGUGUUGUUUAUGUCAUCACAGUGUGGUUAGACUGAUCUUUCCAUCUCUCUUUACCAGGUGCUGAAGAAGUAUGCCUGUCUAUGGAGCAUGAAUAGACCUGCUAACAGGAGACCCAAACUCUAUAUCGUCAAUCUACAGGUCAUCUUACUAGUACUUGAACCAGUGUUUCCCAAUCCUGGUCCCUAGCAUUGCCCUAGCAUCCUGGUCCCUAGGAUUAGUUGAAUCGGGUGCGUUAGUGCUAGGACAAAAUGUUUUAAUUGCACCCCUUUGGAUCCCCAGGACCAGGAUUGGAAAACACUGACAUGAACCAAUAACACUGACAUGAACCUGUGUUGUUACAGAGUUAAAUCUUGAUCGUGCAAUGCAGUUUCACUUAGUUCUCCCACAGAGAUGGACCCUGGUCAAAAGUAGUGCACUAUGAAUGUAAUAGGAUGCCUGAUUGAUGAUGACCUCUGUCUUGUUUUAGUGGACACCUAAAGACGACCUGGCCACACUGAAGAUCCAUGGGAAAUGUGAUGACGUGAUGCGUCUCCUUAUGGAGGACCUGAACCUAAAGAUCCCUGCCUACAACAAGUAAGACCUGUCAAAACACACACACACCUCUGGUGUGUUCACUACAUUUACAUUACAUUUUAGUCAUUUAGCAGACGGUCUUAUCCAGAGCCACUUACAGUUAGUGAGUGCAUACAUUUUUCAUACUGGCCCCCCCCGUGGGAAACGAACCCACAACCCUGGCGUUGCAAACGCCAUGCUCUACCAACUGAGCUACAGGGGGCCUAGGAAGCAAACUGGUUGGAACGGGGAGGGACAUACCUGAACUUGUUAUUGCUAAAAGUUUUCCAUUGCAAAUAGUUAUGCUAUGGUGUGUCCUAAUGAAUCCACCCCAGCUGGAACACCCUCACUGAUGCGUUCCUGACUCCCCUUCCAUCAUCAGGACAGAGGACCCUAUACUCAGCUUGGCCACACCGCUGAGGCCAGACGAGGAGGACAGUUACACUCGUAAACUCAUAGCUCCACCCGCUGGUGGGAAGGACUGCUCACCAGACUCCCUGGGACGGGGUGGAGGGAGGGCAGUGCAAGGAGGCUGGUUCGGACGAGGAUACUCCAAAGGAAGGAAGAGGAAGAAGAAGGUGGCGUAG